AUGCACUGAAGAUUUACAAAACUAAAAAUGGAAGAACAUCAAAAACUCCCAAAGGUAACCAUAUUUCCAAGCUUAGGCAUUGGUCAUAUAAUCCCUCUUAUUGAAUUCUCCAAAUUCCUUGUUUCUCACUUCAACUUUUCAGUCUCUCUUUUUCUUCCCCCAACCCUACAUCAGCCCGAUCAGGCCCAUCUCUCCUCCCUUCACAACCUCCCAAACUCCAUAUCUUACUCUUUUCUACCACCCUUAAACCCGACCCAGACCCAUUUACCCGAAAAUCAAACCCUAUCUUCCAUUAUUUCCCACACCCAUAUUCACUCACUCUCAUCUAUUCGGGCUGUAUUGGGCUCAUUAACCCAACACUCUCGGGUCGUUGCACUAAUCACUGAUAUAUUCGGGUCUGAUCUAUUUGAUCUUGCAAGGGAGUUUACUAUCCCUCCUUAUUUGUUCUUCACUUCAAAUGUAAUGUGUUUGUUGUUUGCUUAUCAUUUGCCCAAAUUGGACAAAAUCGUGUCCUGUGAGUAUAGGGAUAUGCCCGACCCGUUGGCCUUACCCGGGUGUGUGCCAAUCUAUGGUGUGGACUUUCCAGAAGCUUCUCAAAAUCGCAAGAAUGAAGCCUACAAGAUACUUUUACACCAUACAGAGCGGUAUAAGUUAGCUGAGGGUAUUUUUGUCAAUUCGUUUAUCAAUCUCGAGUCAGAUGCUUUACGGGUUUUUCAAAAUGAAAUAUCGGAUUGGCCUCGCGUUUACCCGAUUGGGCCUAUUAUUCAGUCGGGUUUCGGGUCGGAUGAGUAUAAGUGGGAGUGUUUAAGUUGGUUGGAUCAACAACCAAUUGGUUCGGUUCUAUUUGUAUCAUUUGGGAGUGGCGGGACUUUGUCUUAUGAACAAACUAUUGAGUUGGCUAUUGGAUUGGAAAAGAGUGGACAAAGUUUUUUAUGGGUGGUUCGAGAUCCGAAUAACUCGGUAUCCGGAUCGUUUUUUGGCCAAUGUAAUGAUGAUGAAUCAUUCAUAUAUCUUCCGGAGGGUUACUUGGAUAGGAUUAAGGGUCGUGGUUUUUUGGUUCCGUCUUGGACCCCACAAAUUAAGAUUUUGAGUCAUAAGAGUAUUGGUGGAUUUGUUAGUCAUUGUGGGUGGAAUUCAAUUUUAGAAAGUAUUGUAUACGGAGUGCCUAUAAUUGCUUGGCCGCUUUAUGCAGAGCAGAAGAUGAAUGCAGUUUUGCUUAAUGAAGGACUUAAGGUAGCCUUGAGGGUUAAGGCUAAUGAAAAUGGUGUUGUUGAAGUUGAUGAGAUUACUAGGAUUGUUAAGGAUUUGAUAGAAGGGGAAGAAGGGAAUAAGGCAAGAGAAAAGAUAAAGGUAUUAAGUGAAUUAGCUAAAAAGGCAAUGGGUGAAGAUGGUGAUGCUAUGAAAACUCUUAGCCAAGUUACUAAAAUAUGGAGUGCUAGUAUUUGAUAUAGUUACAAGUUACGACUCGUUAUGAGAAUGCUUUGUUGCGUAAAUUUUUAUAAAAUUUAUUAACCAUGUCAUUUACUUGAAAAUGAAACAUUGAUCAUAUAAAAACAUUUCACUAUUUUUCAUUA